AUGACUCUCAAGAUUCUUCAUCGUUACGAAGUCGAGCCAGAUGAGACAUUUAUUGCGGCCUGGCAAAGGACAUCGCCAGAUAUUGCGCUAAGAGACGUGGACAGGAAAAUCAUACCUGGAUGGGACAAGCUCCCAGACCCUUCCUUUGGACCGCAGGUGAACACACUCACCCAGGUUGUAGCGCAACAGACUUGGCCAUUUCCGGGGUAA